AUGUCAUCUCAACCUUUACAUCCCUUACCUCCAUUCACCGCUGAGACAGCUCAUCAGAAAGUGAAAGCGGCUCAAGAUAAAUGGAAUACCAAAUCACCCAAAUUGAUCUCUCCAGCAUACACCGCCGAUUCAAUCUGGCGUAAUCGAGAUCAAUUCUUCCAAGGUACAGAGGCUAUCGAAGAUUUCUUAACUAAGAAAUGGGAGGUAGAACAUAAUUAUAGAUUGAGGAAAGAGUUAUUCGCCUUUGAAGGUAAUAGGAUUGCAGUUGAGUUCUGGUAUGAAUACUCUCAAACUCCUUAUAAGUCUUCUCAGUGGUAUAGGACAUAUGGAUUAGAACAUUGGGUAUUCGCUGAAGAUGGGAGGAUGAAAUCACGUCAGAUGAGUGGGAAUACCAUUGCCAUCAAGGAUGAAGAGAGGUGGUUCAAAGAUGGAAUGGACGUUAAUGAAGGAGAAGUGCCAAGAGGACAUAUCUCGUUGAAAGAAUAG